AUGUUGGCACGAAGAGCACAGCUGUUUCGGACACGCACGUCUACCGAGCCGGCCAACUUGGAAACACCAGAGUUUCUCAGCGUGAGGAGCUUCCCUCCGUUGACCUGGGUUGUCGAGGACUUUGUCCAGGAGAUGCCUGAGGAUUAUGCUCAUGCUGAAGAUCCAGCAACGUCAUGGUUGAGGUCGUACUUGUCUCAUGUGAACGACUCUUCAGGUGAGGAGGUGCACAUUCUGUCCAAACUCUACAGUGAUGUGAAGGUGAAAACACUGUUCUUGCCCGCAACUUCGAAGUCAGAUCUGCAGGACUUGUCAAGACUUCAAUGGGACCAGCUUACGCCUGAAUUCAAGCAGGAGUUGGGCGAUUUGAAGCGGCACGUCCUGGAGAGCCUUCAUGCAAGAUCCUUCGAAGGUGAGCCGAUGAACGGGCGUACUCUCGAACGCUCCCUCCGCUUCAUUGUUCAGGGACUCCAACGUGGAAUGUUCCACGAGCUGCCGUCCCUUUGGGCCACCUGGACACAGCAGGUUGCGGAGAUGUCAUUACAGGCUUGCUGGCAACGAUUUUCAGACAAUUCACUUGGAAAAUAA